AUGAAGAGGCGCUCCUGUCACUCGCGCGCUGGCUCUCAUGGAGUGAGGACAUGCGAUCGGUCGAUCCGCCGUCCCCACGUCGCGUCAGUUGAGGCUUGGCCGUCGUCGGGACCAGACGCUCCGUCGCCACGGGCGGAAAGGUGGCCACCUGUCGUCGAUAUCUGCAACUACCAGCCAUCAACAAGCAACAUGGCGGUCACUGGUCACUCGGGUGUUCCGAUCAGUACUGACAGCAUCAAAAGAGGAUUGUACCAGGAUGUAAAACAUGCCGCAUCUGUACACCUAGAAGAAAAUGGAAACAGAGUUAUUGUCGAAGGUAUUCUUGGAAGCAAGCUACGAAUUGAACCUGUGCGAGGUCUGUCAGAGCGUGGGGACGAGGCUGUUGCCCACAGAGUAUAUACUGUUGAAGCGGCCGAAACCUAUGUUGGCGACGCAGUGCACUCGCCCAGCACUACUCAUGGGAUUGCUUUGUCAGAGCGUGAAGAUUUCGCUGAUUCAGUUCUGGCGGAUGUAUGCAUCGUGGUCGACUCGGUUCACAAUAACACAAUAAUAAAAAGUGGGAAGAACCUGCACGUCUACAUCACAAUUCUCAUGAAUGCCGUAAAUAUGAGAUACGGUCAACUGAGACGUCCAGGUUUUCAAAUGAAACUUCAGUGUAUCAUGCGGCUUUCUGAUCGCCAAGAAAGAAGCAAGUUUAAUCUCCAAGGAAACUCGUUCGAGUACCAGGAUUUUCUGCCACAAUUUGUCGAAUACAUCAGUAGCGACGCCUUCAUGCGCUAUGGCGCUGUCUUCCUCUUCACAGGCCGAAAUAUGCUCGGCAGAGCAGGGACAAGCACAACAGGUGUCGCCUAUCUCGGAACGCUGUGUACAGAACACCGAGUAGGUAUUGCGGAAGACAUCCCAGGAACCUACAGCGCAGUUCGGACAGCGUCGCAUGAAAUGUUACAUAUAGUAGGAGUUUUGCAUGACGGCGUGUCGCCUCCAAGUUCAGAGCCUGGCCAUCCAGGAGCACGAAGCUGUUCAGCUACGGAUCACAUCAUGGCCCCAAGAGGUUCCGCCAAAAAUUCCCACGUACUCUCGAGAUGUACAAAGCAGCAGCUGGCGUUCUUCUUCAUGAACCACGACCAGAGAUGCUGGAAGAGUUUCAGCGGAACACUGACCUUCGUUCGACGUCGGCUGCCCGGUUCGCAAAUCACUGUCACCGCCUUCUGCAAGAUGGUGCACAAGAACGGCAAAAGCGGGGUUCUGCACAGGAACUGUUCAGUGAAGUGUGAGCCAUCGCCACCAAAUAAAGGAUUCUACGCUGGGCUUGAUGGCUGGUCAUGUGGAGAUAGAAAGAUGUGCAUCACUGGAAGGUGCUUGAAGAAAGAAGACGUUGUGCGCAUACUGAUUGACUGAUUUUUUAAAGAAAAAAUGGAGAUGUUAGUCUCGAGCUACUCGUAUAGCAGUUCCAAUACGUUCUUGUAACUCCGAAGGACGAUUAUUUUAUGCCACGAGACUAAAAAGUGUGCAUUAAAUAUGAAAUCAGCGUCCACACAACAAGAGGGAUUUUGGGUGCCACGAACGACUGGUGAUCCCGUUUUACAUACAAGAAAAGCAAAAUACUAAAAGUCGUGUCUUGAGGCGUACGUUCGAACUACAAAAUAUUGGUCACGACCUUAAUA